AUGGAAAGAAAUUUGAUUAAAAAAUGUUCAGUUUGUGAGUGUAGAGAAUAUGUUUGUUUUCAUUAUGGAGUUAGUACAUGUAGGGCUUGUGGGGCUUUUUUCAGGCGUUAUCUUGAAAACGAAAAAAAGAGUAAAUAUAGUAAAUGUAAUUGUUUGCAUAAACAAUUGUUGUUGCUAAAAGAGAAGAAAAUUGAAAGAAAUUGGGAAAAAUGUAAAAAAUGUAGACUUGAUAAAUGUUUUUCUGUUGGAAUGAAAAAAUUGGAUGUCGGAUAUCUACGCCGAGAUAUAUGCCGGGAAGUAAUGGAAGUACAAAGAAAUGAAAUUAACGUAUAAAUUUAUUUUUGAUAGGGAAAAGUGGUAAAAAAGUAUCGAAAAUCCAUUGCCGGGAAGCAAUGGAAGUGUCGAAUGACCCUGGACAACUCUACCAAAAAUGGAUUUUUCUUACGCUUUUUAAAAUCCAGACAUAUCAAUCCCUGAACCCUUCAAAUAAUUUAAUUAAAAUGCAAAUACAGUUGCAAUAGAAAAAAAGAUUGGUUGUGUCAAUAGAGUUGAGCUGGAACGGGAUCCCGGUCGGGAUCGG